CCUGUGGAAUGAGACUCUUGAUCUGAUCUACCUUGUAAGGCUGACAAUGCCCCCUUUGGUUUUUUGUUUCUGUAUUUCUUCAGGCACUGGGAAAACUGUGGUUGGUGCUCACAUCGUGUACUGGUUUCACCAGCUCAAUCAGGAGAAGAAUGUCAACACAACUCAAACUGGACAGCCAACCCAGGAUGAUGACCAGAGAGUCAAGAGCCACAUUCUGUACUGUGGACCUUCUCACAAGUCGGUUGACGUUGUUGCUGAAAUGCUGAUGAAGAUGCCUAAUUGCUUGAAGCCUCUGAGGGUCUAUGGAGACAUGAUUGAGUCAAUGGAUUUUCCUUAUCCUGGCAGCAACCUCCAGUUUUCUGGAAAAUCUCAGCGGAAUACAAAAUCGAACCCACAUAUCAGGUGUAUCACUUUGCACUAUCGGAUCCGGGAAAGGAGCAAUCCUUACGCACCACAGAUCCUCCAGUUUGAUGAACGAGUGAAACGUGGAGAAGAGAUCACAGAAGACGAAGUUGAGAGGUGAGGACAACCAGAAGGAG